GUUUGGGGCUGUUGGUCGGAAUGGAAUGCAUGCAACCUUCCACCAGUCUGCCGUGAAGCUGAGCUGGUGCAAACUGGGGAACGCAGACGGCAUCGCAUCUGCCUAAUCAGUGUCGAUCGAAAGGUCGGUUGGCCAGUUGAUGGCCAAGCUACAUUAGCCAAGACCGAGGAGCUAAUACCUGAACUUGGUCAGCCAACAGAGCCGAGCCAAUGUGAAGGUGGACUUGGGGCCAGCCUGCAGGUGGCCAGCUGCAGACCUUCGCUGCUACCGGCCGAUUCUGUAGAUUGCAGACUACAAAGCGAGGACACGUUAACUAGCGAGGGUGAGAAGAUCAGCAAUCACAUGGACACUCAGGCAGAGGAGGGCCAGACGGAGCAGGCGUACGGUAGAAAAAGAAAGAGGAUAGUAAGAACAUUGGCAGGUGAGCAUUUCCUCCGUGUCCGGCUUAAUUCUUUUUUAUCAACUACUUUCUUCCUCCUCCGGCCGGACAGCAGCAUCUCAGUAGCCAUGGACCUCUACUAG